AUGGCAAAAUCAUUCUUAAAUAAUUCUACUGGUAAAAAGCGACAGUCAAGUAUAUUUUCAAGUGAAUGUAAAAUUUGUGGAGUUCCAGCUACAUAUUUGUAUUAUGGUGUUAUAUCAUGUCAUCCAUGCAAAAUGUUUUUCAAACGAAAUGCUCAACGAGGAAUGGAAAUACUGAAAUGUGGUUUUGAUAAUGAUUGUGAAAUAAAUGUAAAUACUCGUCAUGUAUGUUCUUAUUGUCGACUUAUGAAAUGUUUGCAAUGUGGAAUGAAAAUUGAAAAGAUUCGAUCUUCUCGGCCAAAACCGAAUAAAACAAAUCGAGGAAGAAAUGUUAUGACAAAUCUAGUAGAAACAACAUCAAGAACUUUAGUUAGAUUCAAUGAGCCUGAACAAUUGCCAACAGUGAAUCUUUUACUAUCAGAUCAAUCAACAUUAACUAUCGAUCAAUGGAAUCUUAUCUCAAAUUUAUCACAUUGUUAUGAUGAAUAUAGUGGAUUAUCAAUAGGUGAACAUUACAUACGUAAACAAAAUACUCUACCACUUAAGUUACGCUUUAAAGCUGCAUCAUUAAUCAACUUAUAUCAAAUGAUGUUAGAAGGAGGUCCAUUGUUAUACAAAAACAAUCGAGACUUUCUCUCAUUAUCUGUGAAUGAUCGUUCCAUUUUACUUCGUAAUACAAUAAGAUACGCGGCAGGUCUUUCUGCGAAUUUUAUUGUCUAUCAAGUUCGAUUGAUGAAUUAUUCCGCUUAUUACGAUGCUAUUGGAAUACUGAGUCAUCCAGCUUUAAUACCUGUUAUGAAACGUAUGUCAAAGCAACUUGAUUUUGACUUGAUCGUGAUGAAACUAUUUCUUGCCAUUCUCCCAUUCUCAACAAUUGGCUAUACAGUUUAUUCAAAUAGCUCUCCAGAAAAUUUAUCGGAUAUCAAAGAGAUUUUACGUAUUCAAGAUUCAUAUGUUGAAUUACUAUGGCGAUAUUUACUCUACAAAUACAAUUAUGAACAAGCUGUGAAACUUUUUUCUAAUCUUAUAAGACCUGUAUUUGCUAUUCAUGCUAUUAUACAUAAAACAUUGGAUAUCGAUUGGAUUACAGAUACAAUUGAUUCUCUUGUUCAACAGACCGAUCAAACUCUUACUAUCACUGAUUAA